GUUAGUCCAUAAGCACAGAGUGAGCUUGAACAAGUGCAUGUGUGUUGUCAGUUGGGGGACUACGUGAACGGUCUUAACUCAACGCGGUAUUUUAACACUGUUUACUAUUGGAAUUUACGCCGUGAACUACUACACUGUUGACGUUGAAUUUCCAUCAGUUUUUCAACCACGCUGGAUAAAUAAGAAAGGACUUUAACAUGCCGAAGGUUGUACCGGACCAAAGGGCUAAGUUCGAGGGAGAUGAAUUGUUUAGAAAACUUGGUCGUGAGUCUGAGAUUAAAUAUACAGGUUUCCGUGAUAGAUCGCAUGAAGAACGUCAGGUCCGUUUCCAAGCGGGAUGUCGCGAGGGUCACGCGGAACUAGCAUUUUCGUCAACCGGCACCAAUCUACACCUUCAAUUUUUCCCAACAAAUAACCAUGAGAACGGCAAAACAGACAGAUUACUUAACAGAGAAUACGUCGAUUUUGACAGAGAAAUCGGACGGGUUCAUUUAAAAACCCGAUUUAUAUUGAAUGGCGUUUGCGUUGUAUGGAGAGGUUGGGUUGAUCUUCAGAGACUGGACGGUAUUGGAUAUGUAGAGUAUGAUGAAGACAAAGCAAGGGUAGAAGAUUCCGUCUUAAGACAGUCAAUGGAUCAACAAAGUAGACGACUUCGAGAGUUUGAAGAGAGACAAAGAUUACGGCGAGAGGAAUUAGACAGACAAGCAGAGGCAGAAGUAGAGAGGAAAGAAAACAAAGCUUGACGACAUCGCGCAUGGGGCACAGGGCAGAAGGAUGAGCAAAACAGCAGCAUUGAUCAAAGAUAGACUCUGACGUGCUAGUUGCCUACCACACCCUCCGGAACCACCCUGCCCCGCCCCCUAAAUCCAACAUAAUGGUGGGCAAUAAGCAAUACGUUAUCGGACCCAUAUCGGGAAUAAAUCCAUAGCCUUUUUACUCAAGAGUUUUUUUUUUAAAGAUAAUUACAGCAUAAGUUAGUGAUUUUUAUUUAGAAAAAUAAGUUAAUUUACAGAGAGGAAUUUGGCAAACCAAUGUUCAAUUUAAGUUCAGUUCUGAUACCCACUGGAAAGUAUGGUUCCCAUUCUCUUUCUCGUUGGUGUCAUUUGUGAGGGAAAUGUUUGUGAGGCGCAACCAAGAUGGGAAGUGAACCAUAAGAUGCCAAAGAUGCGUUUGCGAAGGGUUGUUGUUUUCUCUCUCUAGUGACCUACAUCCAUUUUUUGACGAGUUAAGAACCAUCGUGAUUGAGCUGGCGAUUAGAGAAACUGAGAUAGAAGAAAACGAAAGCUAACAACAAACCCUAAACCUCUGGAUUUAAAACGGUCAUGUCAUUGAAGGAAAUCGUAAGAGGCAUGUGCAUCUUAGUGUGGACGAGUCACUAAAUCAUCUAGCUUUAUAUUUAGUAUAGCCAAAGCUGACUUUAUAUAAAGAUGAAUCAGAAACUGGUGGUAUAUAGUCUGAACAAAACUAUAUAUAGAAACAACAUCCUGGUCAGACAUGGACAUCUACCAAUGUAUCACCAAUCAUAAGAACAUGAUGGAGCAGAAAAUCCUGGUCUAAAUGGAUAAGCAGUCAUGAGAACAUUGUCAAUCAUACCAAGGAAUCACCCAUCAAGAGAACAUGAAGGUUAUGACGGAUAAGCAGUCAUGAGAACAUUGAAGUAUACCAUGGAGGUAGAAAUAGUAGACCUCCAUCUCUAUGGUUAUACAAUCACCCACCAUGAGAACUCAUGAUGGUGUAAGGGCUCUAAAUCCUGCAUCAAACAGUGGAUGAGCCUUCAUCAGAACAUUGUCGAGUAUAGUCACAAUUAUACCAGUAUCACCUUUCAUCAGAACCUGUUGGUUGAUAACACAUUAUAAUAAUAUUGUUAUAGAAAAAUAGGAUAUAGUGGCAAUUUCCAAACAUCGUCCUUGACAACCGGGUCAAAUAGUCAUGAGAACUUUUGAUCAAACAUUGAAACUGCAACUUUCGUCUUCGAAAUACUUUAGUUUCAUAUAUAAUAAUCGACUUCUCAGAACGUCUUCUGGUAUCUUGUUUAUACAUCUGCUUCCAUUUGUUCAUGUGGGCUAACGUGUAACCAACGAAAUCGUCCCAGUACAUGUAAUGGUAAAGUCUGGAAUAACAAAUUAAUGAUUUUCAAUACAAUGUUAAAGAUUACUUCUCCUAGAAGUUAUCCGACAUGUUUUACUUAUCUGAGUACUCUAACAGGUUUGGUAUCAGAACAAUAUUAUCUUAUUCUGAUAUGCCAAUUCGAAAUAUGUAUGCAAAAUUAAUGUGCCAAAACCUCUCUUGAAACUGUUUUUUAAUCAAAACCUUGACCGCGGUUCAUGAUGACUUUAGGUUUUUUCAUGCGCUGUUUUCAGUCAAACUAGAAACUAGAAAAUGAAUUGAUUUUUUCAAAAGCAAGUUGUAAAAAUGUAUUAUUUCUCUUUCCCUCUAAACCUUGAUGGUACGUCUUCCAACAGUUCUUCCCGAAAGCAAUAAGCAAAUUAAUUGUGAAAAGCCCAAUUUUACCCCAAAUUAAGUCUUUGGCUAAUUUAGUUUAUUUGAUUCGGAUUUCAAUCUUUUGAUACAUUGAAAGACUAACAAGAAGUCAGUCAGGUUUGUGUUGUGUUUUUUUAUGAAGCCUCCAGAAUGUAAAAAAUAAAUAUUUUAGAAAAAGGUAUUUUCUUACUGAACGUAAUUUCAUUUUGAGUUAUUUUUCAAAAUAUGAUACAUCGGGAAUUAUAGAAAUGUAAAUCGAGCUGGCUCUGAAUUGGAUUGAAACUAAGAUGUGCCAGUGUCAGUAACUAUAAUCAGGAAGAUUGCUUUGAAUGGAUCCCAUUGUGGAGAGUACUUUUAUUCCAGUUUAUAAUUUAUCUUCCUUUUAAAAAUCUCUUAAAGAAUGUCUGAAAUGUUUGUUUCGUGUAAAUUCAUCUUAGCACCGUCUUAAUUUUUAUAGAUUUGAUUCAUAUUUGAAAUAUUGUGUUUGCUCUUUGAGGUAUAUCACCGAGUGCGUGGAGCAAUGAUUAACAUAAACAUUAUUUGUUAUAUUUAAUAGGCCUAUGUAUGAGAAAUACAUUAUGUAAAUAUUUAUAAUAUUAUUUUCAUCGUCUCAGUAAUAGUCGAUAAGAAGUGUGGGUUAUAAUACGGUAACAAUAUUUACAUUGGAGUAAACAAAUACCUCGUACAAGUAAUUAUACAGUGGUGAUCUUCCUCAAAUAAAUAUUGUAUGAAUAAAUAAACAAACAGUUAUAUAUUAUUCUGUUUCAUAAUUGUAUUGAUUUUUGGGAUAAGAAAGUUGAGAAAUGAAAAUGUCCGUUCAGGAAAGAAAUAAAGCUGUGCAGGCCCCACACACA